AGAAAAAUAAUUUGCCUGGAGCCAUUUGUUCUUUAAUUUGUGGGGGACCUGAUGUUGGUGAAAGUAUGACAAAUGAUACACGAUUGCCAUUGAUAUCAUUUACUGGAAGCACUCAAGUUGGAUUGAAAGUGGCACUGAAUGUUCAGCAAAGAUUUGGGAAAACAAUUUUAGAAUUAGGAGGAAACAAUGCAAUUAUUAUUGCAGAUGAUGCUGACAUAAAGAUGGUGGUGAGCUCUGCUCUCUUUGCUUGCGUUGGUACUGCUGGUCAAAGGUGUACAACAACCCGAAGAAUCAUUGCUCAUGAAAAGGUAUAUGAUGAAGUCCUAGAUAGAUUAAAGAAAGCAUAUUCCCAAAUUAGAGUGGGAGAUCCACUUGAAUCUGGAACGAUGUAUGGACCUCUUCAUACGAAACAGGGAGUUAAUGAAUAUCUUGCAGCCAUUGAAGAGGCAAAGAAACAAGGUGGAGUCAUUGAAUAUGGUGGAAAGAAAAUUGAUAGAGAAGGAAAUUUUGUAGAACCCACAAUUGUAUCUGGUUUAUCACAUGAUGCAAACAUUGUUCACAAAGAGACAUUUGCUCCAAUUGUUUAUAUUUUGAAAGCUAAAAGCGUUGAUGAAGCUAUAGCUUGGAAUAAUGAAGUCAAACAAGGUCUUACUAGCAGUAUCUUUACAGAAAAUCUUGGAAAUGUGUUUAAGGUUAGUAAAUUAUUUACUGGUGAAGCCUAUCUGAAAGCAUGCGCUACAAAAGUGAAUCAAAUAUUUUAA